AUGGCACCCCCUACCAUGGAGAAGCCCAAGGAGCACGUCGAUGCUGCAGAGGAGUCGGCAGAAGAGGACGCCAGCACCAACAGCGCUUCGGCCGAGGAGACCACUCCUCUCCGCAAAAAGAAGACCCGCAAGGGAAAGAAGGCGCUCCAGAAGGCCAGCGGCUCAAGCAGUGCUCUCCAGGGCGUGGACUACCAGCGACAGCAGCAGCAGCAGCAACAGCAACAGCAACAGCAACAACAGGUCCAGCAGCCCCAAGAACAAGGCGGCGGCGGCAAGAGUGACACUCUGAAGCUACGUCUAGACUUGAAUCUGGAAAUUGAGAUCCAGCUCAAGGCGAGGAUCCACGGUGACCUCGAACUUGCUCUCCUAGACGUGUAA